AUGGGCAGGAAGCGCGAGAGCAGGAGCAAGAACAAGGAGCCUGUGGAGGAGACGGAGGCGUCCGUGGCAAGUAUUGGAGCUGCUGAUGAGCAGGUGGAGUCACAGAGCUCGUCGAUGCUAGCCGAGAGCUUUGCCAAGAGCGCGGUGUUCUUCGGGAAGAAGAUCGCGUACACUCCAGCUGUAGAGAUGCUGACGGAAGAGGCAAAAGCUGCCAAGAUGACCAAGAAGAAAGUGAACAAGAAGGAGGAGGAGGAGGAGAUGAAGAAGAAAGAGAUGGAGGAGAUGGAGACAAAGGAGGAGAUGAAGGCGGGGGAGUUGGACAUGAAGACUAACAAGAAAAAGAAGAAGAAGAAGACACAUGAGAAAGGAGAAGAGAAGGAGAAAGAGCUACUGCAGGGUGAGGAGAAGCAGGAGAGAGUGACUGGAAGUAGCGACCCUCAUGUCGGUGAGGGCAAAAAGCACAAGAUGAAAGUGAAACGCAAGAAGGAACAGUCGGAGGAUGGAGACGACAAGAUGGAGGAAAAAGAAAAUAAAGUCGAAGACGAAAAGGCGCGUCGUACCGUGUUUGUGGGCAACGUAUCGCUCGCUGCAACGCAGAAAGAGAUCAAGAAGCAUUUCUCCGCUUGUGGCAAGGUGGAGUGUGUGCGGCUUCGACAACUGCCAGUUGCUGGAUGUGCAGUAGACCAGGCUGGGAAUCAGAAGCUUAUGAUGAAGGUCUGCGCGAUCAAGAAGAUUCUGACCAAGGCCAAAGAUACUUGCAACGCUUAUGUAACCUUCGUCGAGGAGGAUAGUGUAGAGGCUGCGCUCAAGCUCAAUGGAACGACUUUUGCCCAGAAGCAGAUUCGAGUGGACCGGUCCGAGGUUGCCGUCGAUGCGCGUCGAAGUGUUUUCAUUGGGAACGUUCCUUUCACGUGCACCGAUGAUCAAAUGCUGCAUUUUUUCUUGAGGCGCCUCAGGACGAAAGAGGAGCCGUCACCGAUUGAGAAUGUGCGUCUCGUUCGUGACCGCGAAUCCGGCCUCGGUAAAGGGUUUGGCUACCUGCUGCUGAAGAAUCAAGCUUUGGUUGCCAAGACGUUGACUCUUCGUGACCUCAAAAUGGAGAAGUGUGAGCUGCGCGUGCAGGUGUGUGGCAAGCGGUUCAAGAAUAUGCGUGGUGGGGAGGAAACUGUCAAAGGAAAGUAUGAAGGGCUUCGCUCGUCCUCUAGUGCACGGGCACGCAUCCAACUGAAGCGUAAGGCGAGUGCUGGGGAUCUUGACCGAGGGUUGUCGACUAAAAAGGUGAAGCGCGCAGCGGUAGCAGCUGGAUUGGGAAAGAAGCUGAAGCCGAAGCACGCAGCACGAAAGGCCGCAAAAGCAGCUGCAGAAGCCGCUGCUGCUAAUAGGGACUCAGUCAAGAAGCGGAAGCGUGGCCAAAGUGAGAGCAAAGGAGUAGCAAAGCCCAAAGCGAAAAAGCCCAAACAUGCUGCGCGCAAGGCCAAGCAGCUAGCGGCUGCGAAAGAGUAG